UGAGCUGUGUGUUGCUGUGAGACUGGUGAUAGGCAAACAGGCAGCAGGAAGAGACCUGCUAUCACAGAUCAGCCUCCUCCACUUGCAGUGCUGCCUAUCAGGCAUCCAUGCACUGUGUGUGAGUGUGUAUCUCUCCAUUGUGUGUCUCUUCCUAAUCCAGACCCCACAGCAAGCUGAACAUCUAGAGGAGGAAGAUCAAAAACAAAACAGCCAUCAUCAGCAUGCAAUAAAAAAAAACUCCAAUGAGAAUGCAUAGAGCUAGAGGUGCAGUCCAAACAGACAUGCAAUGAAGGAGAAGGCAGUGCAGUAGCUGCAGAGCAUGGAACUGAGCUUGCUGUUCCUUCUGUAAUCUUACGACGUCAGCAAGGCAUCGCAGAAAGAAGGCAAGGAGAGGCAGACGGACUUAAGGGAAUAGAGAAGAGCAGCAGAAAAAACAGAGGCAUGAAAACCAAAAGCGACAACAGUAUGUUGAAGAGGAAACAGAGCUCAAGGGUAGAAGCCCAGCCGGUUACGGAUUUUGGUCCUGACGAGUCUCUCUCUGACAACGCCGACAUUCUGUGGAUCAACAAACCAUGGGUACAUUCCUUACUCCGCAUCUGUGCCAUUAUCAGUGUGAUUUCUGUAUGUAUGAACACCCCAAUGACGUUCGAACAUUAUCCACCUCUUCAGUAUGUGACUUUUGCCCUCGACACGUUACUGAUGUUCCUCUACACUGCAGAAAUGAUUGCAAAAAUGCACAUACGAGGGAUUGUCAAGGGGGAUACUUCCUAUAUAAAAGACCGGUGGUGCGUUUUUGAUGGAUUCAUGGUGUUCUGUCUUUGGGUUUCUUUGGUAUUGCAGGUAUUUGAAAUUGGAGAUAUUGUUGACCAGAUGUCUCCAUGGGGGAUGUUACGGAUUCCCCGUCCUUUGAUAAUGAUUCGAGCAUUCCGUAUCUACUUCCGCUUUGAACUCCCAAGAACAAGGAUAACAAACAUAUUAAAGCGUUCCGGUGAACAAAUUUGGAGUGUUUCGAUAUUUUUACUGUUCUUCUUGCUUUUAUACGGGAUUCUUGGAGUUCAAAUGUUUGGAACAUUCACCUACCAUUGUGUAACAAAUGACACUCAACCUGGAAACGUGACAUGGAAUAAUUUAGCCAUUCCAGACACUCACUGUUCACCAGAGGGAGAAGGUUAUCAGUGUCCCCAAGGCUUUAAAUGCAUGGACCUUGAAAACCUUGGGCUGACUAGGCAAGAGCUUGGCUACAGUGGCUUUAAUGAGAUAGGAACCAGUAUAUUUACAGUGUAUGAAGCUGCUUCACAAGAGGGAUGGGUUUUCCUCAUGUACAGAGCCAUUGACAGCUUCCCUAGAUGGCGCUCAUACUUCUAUUUCAUCACUUUAAUCUUCUUCCUGGCCUGGCUCGUUAAGAAUGUCUUCAUUGCUGUGAUAAUUGAAACUUUUGCUGAAAUUAGAGUUCAGUUUCAACAGAUGUGGGGCUCCCGAAGCAGCACAACUUCAACAGCAACUACACAGAUGUUUCAUGAGGAUUCAGCUGGAGGAUGGCAACUAGUCGCUGUAGAUGUCAACAAGCCCCAGGGUAGAGCUCCAGCAUGCCUACAGAAAAUGAUGCGAUCCUCGAUUUUCCACAUGUUUAUCCUGAGUAUGGUCGCUGUAGAUGUUAUUGUAGCUGCCAGCAACUACUACAAAGGGGAGAACUUUAGGAGACAAUAUGAUGAGUUCUACCUGGCCGAGGUGGCUUUUACGGUACUGUUUGACCUGGAGGCUCUGUUAAAGAUAUGGUGUUUGGGUUUCACCGGCUACAUUAGUUCAUCUCUACACAAAUUCGAACUGCUACUAGUUGUGGGCACUACUCUGCACAUUUAUCCAGAUCUAUACCAUUCUCAAUUUACCUACUUCCAGGUUCUGAGAGUAGUGCGACUAAUCAAGAUAUCACCUGCCUUAGAAGACUUUGUAUACAAAAUAUUUGGACCCGGUAAAAAGCUAGGAAGCCUGGUGGUAUUCACUGCUAGCCUUUUGAUUGUCAUGUCCGCAAUCAGUCUCCAGAUGUUCUGCUUUGUGGAAGAACUUGACCGAUUUACAACAUUCCCCAGGGCAUUCAUGUCAAUGUUUCAGAUUCUGACUCAAGAAGGAUGGGUAGAUGUCAUGGAUCAAACUCUUAAUGCUGUUGGACAUAUGUGGGCCCCCGUGGUUGCAAUUUACUUCAUCCUCUAUCAUCUUUUUGCAACUCUGAUUUUACUCAGUUUGUUUGUGGCAGUUAUCUUGGACAAUCUGGAGCUUGAUGAAGACUUGAAGAAGCUUAAGCAGUUAAAGCAAAGCGAAGCAAAUGCUGACACUAAAGAAAAGUUACCCUUGCGUCUUCGAAUCUUUGAAAAGUUUCCCAAUAGGCCACAGAUGGUGAAGAUCUCCAAACUACCUUCUGAUUUCACUGUUCCCAAAAUAAGGGAAAGCUUUAUGAAGCAGUUUAUUGACCGGCAGCAGCAGGAUACCAGCUGCCUACUAAGAAGGCUGCCAUCUGCUUCGUCAUCUUCUUGUGAUCACUCUAAAAGAUCUGGAAUUGAGGAAAAUAAAUACAUUGACCAAAAGCUCCGCAAAUCUGUUUUUAGCAUCAGAGCAAGAAAUCUUCUGGAGAAAGAAACUGCUGUGAAUAAAAUCCUCAGAGCUUGUACAAGGCAGCGCAUGCUGAGUGGAUCCCUUGAAGGACAGCCUGCAAAGGAAAGAUCAAUUCUUAGCGUGCAGCAUCACAUACGACAAGAACGCAGAUCACUGAGACAUGGCUCCAACAUUCAGAGAAUCAGCAGGGGGAAAUCUCUGGAAACACUAACACAAGAUCAUUCUAACACCGUGAGAUACCGGAACGCUCAGAGAGAAGACAGUGAGAUCAAAAUGAUCCAAGAGAAGAAAGAACAAGCAGAAAUGAAAAGAAAAGUUCAAGAAGAAGAACUACGAGAAAAUCAUCCUUAUUUUGAUAAACCGCUUUUCAUAGUUGGCCGUGAGCAUCGAUUCAGAAACUUCUGCAGAGUGAUUGUUAGAGCAAGAUUUAAUGCCUCAAAAACAGAUCCUGUUACAGGAGCAGUGAAAAACACAAAAUAUCACCAGCUGUAUGAUUUACUGGGCCUGGUGACUUACCUGGAUUGGGUUAUGAUCGUGGUUACAAUAUGUUCCUGCAUAUCGAUGAUGUUUGAAUCACCCUUCAGAAGGGUGAUGCACACACCCACUCUACAGAUUGCAGAAUAUGUAUUUGUGAUAUUCAUGAGCAUUGAGCUGAAUCUGAAGAUUAUGGCAGAUGGCUUAUUUUUUACUCCGACAGCUGUAAUCAGAGACUUUGGAGGCGUGAUGGACAUAUUCAUAUAUCUUGUGAGUUUAAUCUUCCUAUGCUGGAUGCCCGAAAGUGUGCCUGCAAAAUCAGGAACUCAGCUUUUAAUGGUACUGAGAUGUCUGAGACCACUAAGAAUCUUCAAGUUGGUGCCUCAGAUGAGGAAAGUUGUCCGUGAACUUUUCAGUGGAUUCAAAGAGAUAUUUCUGGUAUCUAUUCUUUUGCUGACGCUGAUGCUGGUGUUUGCAAGCUUUGGAGUCCAACUUUUUGCAGGGAAACUAGCAAAGUGCAACGAUCCCCAAAUGCUCACAAGGGAAGAUUGCCAUGGAAUAUUUAGAAUAAAUGUCCUUGUUUCAAAAAACCUUAAUUUGAAACUAAAGCCAGAGGAAAAAAAGCCUGGAUUUUGGGUUCCAAGAGUCUGGGCAAAUCCCCGUAAUUUCAAUUUCGACAAUGUGGGUAAUGCUAUGUUGGCCUUGUUUGAAGUACUCUCUUUGAAAGGAUGGGUUGAAGUCCGAGAUGUUAUCAUUCAUCGCGUUGGACCGAUACAUGGGAUAUAUAUUCAUGUAUUCGUGUUCCUCGGCUGUAUGAUAGGCCUUACUCUUUUUGUUGGUGUGGUUAUUGCUAACUUUAAUGAAAAUAAGGGUACAGCUUUACUGACUGUUGAUCAGAGAAGAUGGGAAGAUCUAAAGAGCAGACUCAAGAUAGCCCAACCACUUCACCUUCCACCACGUCCAGAUAAUGAUGGUUUCCGAGCUCGAAUGUAUGAUAUAACUCAGCAUCCAUUUUUUAAGAGAACCAUUGCAGUACUUGUCUUGGCACAGUCUGUGUUACUUUCUGUCAAGUGGGAUGUCGAUGAUCCAGUGACUGUUCCUUUAGCAACCAUGUCAGUUGUUUUCACCUUCAUUUUUGUUCUAGAGGUAACCAUGAAGAUAACUGCUAUGUCACCAGCAGGAUUUUGGCAAAGCAGGCGAAAUAGAUAUGACCUUCUUGUGACUUCACUUGGAGUAAUUUGGGUGAUACUUCAUUUUGCUUUACUGAAUGAAUACACAUAUAUGAUGGGAGCAUGUAUCAUCGUCUUCCGUUUUUUCUCUAUAUGCGGAAAGCAUGUUACCCUGAAGAUGCUGUUACUGACUGUGGUUGUCAGUAUGUACAAGAGUUUCUUUAUCAUCGUGGGAAUGUUUCUGCUUCUUCUUUGCUAUGCAUUUGCCGGUGUUGUUUUAUUUGGUACUGUGAAAUAUGGUGAAAAUAUAAACAGACAUGCAAACUUUUCCACAGCAGGGAAAGCAAUCACUGUGCUUUUCCGAAUAGUAACAGGAGAAGACUGGAAUAAAAUAAUGCAUGACUGCAUGGUCCAACCACCAUUUUGCACACCAGAUAAUAGCAGAUACUGGGAAACAGACUGCGGAAACUAUGCGGGAGCCCUUGUGUACUUCUGUUCAUUCUAUGUCAUUAUCGCGUAUAUAAUGUUAAACUUAUUAGUUGCUAUAAUUGUGGAGAAUUUUUCCUUGUUUUACUCCACUGAAGAAGACCAGCUAUUGAGUCCUAAUGAUCUGCGGCACUAUCAGAUAAUAUGGAAUAUGGUUGAUGAUAAACGAGAGGGCGUUAUUCCUACCUUUCGUGUCAAGUUUCUCCUGAGGUUGCUGCGUGGAAGGUUAGAGGUAGAUCUGGACAAGGACAAGCUCCUGUUUAAGCACAUGUGCUAUGAAAUGGAAAGACUGCAUAGCGGGGGGGAUGUUACUUUUCAUGAUGUACUAAGCAUGCUCUCAUACAGAUCUGUGGAUAUCCGAAAAAGCCUUCAGCUGGAGGAACUGCUGGCCAGAGAACAACUGGAAUACACAAUUGAGGAAGAAGUAGCUAAACAAACCAUCAGGAUGUGGCUCAAAAAAUGCCUAAAGCGAAUAAGAGCAAAACAACAACAGUCAUGCAGCAUUAUCCACAGCCUGCGGGAAAGCCAGCAGCAAGAGUUGAGCAGGUUCCUGAACCCUCCUAGCAUUGAGACAACUCAGCCAAGUGAUGAUAUGAACCUUAAUAACCAGGAUAAUGCACAGCCAGAGACAAGUAGUCAACAACAGCUGCUUAGCCCAACUCUUUCAGACAGAGGUGGCUACAGACAAGAUUCAUUAGAAGCUGGUAAGCCACAGCGGAAAUUUGGACAAUGGAGAUUGCCAUCAGCACCAAAACCCAUUAGUCAUUCAGUGUCUUCUGUUAAUCUGCGAUUUGGAGGGCGCACCACAAUGAAAUCUGUAGUUUGCAAAAUGAACCCAAUGUCCGAUGCUGUCUCCUGUGGUUCUGAAGUCAAGAAGUGGUGGACAAGACAGCUUACUGUGGAAAGUGAUGAAAGUGGGGAUGACCUUCUUGAUAUGUGAACUCAAUGCAAUGGAGAUGGCGUCGCAUAGUGAACUUUUAUACUUUUGUUGUUAAAUAAUGUGGACAACUUUUGUUUCAGUAGGUGAAACCACCCAAAUUGGAGGAAAGGCCUUAACAAAUGAUAUAUUAUCUACAGAGGAUUCUCUAUCUGGAGAGAUCACCAGGCUAUCACACUAGAUUCUGCACCCUCAAAAAAACUGGGGGGGGGAAUGUUCACAGAAAUGUCAUGUAUUCUUCACCAUGCUGUACAUUUUAUUUGCUGCCACAAGACCCAAAUAAAUUCAAAUGUAAUACAACAAUGGGGUAAACACCCAGAUGAUGAUUUGCUUCUAUGAUGGGAAAAAAGAGCAUUGAUAUAAUGCAUUCUCUUGUUCCAAUCUUCCAUUCAAGCCACUAUAUCAUUAUGUUAGUUAUCAUAGCCAGGCCCACACAAAUUUCAUCCCACUUUUUGUCUGAUUAAUUUCUUUAGUGUGCAACCACAUGCUGCUAAAGUGUAAGAGCGUUGCAUAUAUUCCACA